UCCCUGGCCGGGGGGAUGCCGGGGGACAGCGGGGCGCCGAAGGGGGAAGGCAGAUGCUGCAGGAGGCAGGCAGGUGAGGAGAAUGGGCGGGGGGCAGGGGGAGGGCUCUGUCCGGCCCCGCCCGCUCUCCCAGGCUGCUCCGCGGAGCAGCGGGGAGGUGGAGCCGCUUUAUUGGGAGCCCAAGUGGAAAUUUCCCCGUCAGUUGCCGGCACCGCCGCGGAGGAAAGGCCGGUGCGAGCCGCCCGCUCUCGUCUCGCCGUGUCGCGCCGCUCGCUGCCCGCUGUCAUGUCCAACUACAUCCACGUCCCGCCCGGCUCUCCGGAGGUGCCCAAGCUGGACAUCACCGUCAGCGAGCGGGAGGGGCCCGGGUACCGCCAGGGCGCCCUGCAGCUGCUGCGCCGGCUGCGCCCGCACUGGAGACCCGAGGAGGUGACGCUGCAGCUGUUCACCGAUGGAAUCACCAAUAAAUUAAUUGGCUGCUACGUGGGUGACAUAACAGAUGAUGUCGUUCUAGUUCGGAUCUAUGGGAACAAGACCGAGCUGCUGGUGGAUCGGGAUGAGGAGGUGAAGAGUUUCCGUGUGUUGCAGGCCCAUGGCUGUGCACCUCAGCUCUACUGCACCUUCAACAAUGGCCUGUGCUACGAGUUCAUGCAGGGAGAAGCCCUGGAUCCAGAGCAUGUGUGCAAUCCAGACAUUUUCAGACUCAUAGCUAGACAGCUUGCUAAAAUCCAUACUAUUCAUGCACACAAUGGAUGGAUCCCUAAAUCCAAUCUGUGGCUGAAAAUGGGGAAAUACUUCUCACUCAUACCCACAGAAUUUGCAGAUGAGGAAGUAAAUAAGAGGUUCUUAAGUGACGUUCCAAGUCCUCAAGUUCUUCAGGAGGAGAUGGCUUGGAUGAAGGAAAGACUGUCAAACUUAGGAUCGCCAGUGGUGCUCUGUCACAAUGACCUGUUGUGUAAGAAUAUUAUUUACAACAAGAAAAGAGGUGAUGUGCAGUUCAUAGACUAUGAGUACUCUGGGUACAACUACCUGGCUUAUGACAUUGGAAAUCACUUCAAUGAAUUUGCAGGAGUAAAUGAAGUAGACUACAGCCUUUAUCCUGACAGGAAAUUACAGGAGCAAUGGCUGAGAUCUUACCUUGAGGCCUACAAAGAAUAUAAAGGGUUUGGCACAGAAGUCAGUGAAAAAGAGGUUGAAGUUCUGUAUGUCCAAGUCAAUCAGUUUGCACUGGCUUCACACUUCUUUUGGGGACUGUGGGCUCUUAUUCAAGCCAAAUAUUCCACCAUUGAUUUUGAUUUUCUAGGGUAUGCAGUUGUUCGGUUUAACCAGUAUUUCAAAAUGAAACUGGAAGUCAUGACGUUAACUCUUCCUGAGUAAUGAAGAGGACUCUUACCAAGUGGAUAGACAACCCCUGAAUCUUUUCUGAGAACAGAUACUGGAAAAAAAGCUAAACAUUUGUUGAAGUGCUGUAAUGCUCACUUGGUGGUUCUUGCUUUAUAAAUAAUGCCUCUAGACAGUCCUUCAAUGUUAAAUUUAUUAUGAAGAACAUACGUACUGCUGUUGAUAUAAAACGGAUUAGAAACUUGCUAAAUCUAUAAAAAGUUGUAGAAAUGGCAAUUUAAUCCUUCUUUGUAAUUUAACAUAUGUUGUAUGUGAAUUAUUUAUUAUACGUUUAACAUGAUUCCGUUGCUGCUUUCAUCAGUUUUUGUUAAAGUUGGGUGCAGACAGUGAAGUUGUUCCAAAGGAUUCAUUUAACAACUUAUUUUAUUGAAGUUGCAUUCACUUAUGCUAAAGAAGACAUGUCAGAGACAAUUCUUCUUUUAGAGGCCUAUGAGCAAAAGGAGUGACAAUAGGCUUGUGAGAUCUCUAGUGUGGUGUAGCUAGGGAGAAGGGUUAGGAGGAUCUUUAUUUCCCACCCCCCCUUUUUUUUUAAAGGUAGCUUUCCAUAUGAUGGUACUUUUCUUUUGCACAAGAAUCAAGCAGCUUGUUGAAAUGAUAAACAACAUUUUGAUUUUUAUUUUGUUUGUCUAGAUUGAGCUGUAGAAAUGUUCAAGUUCUGUGACCACAAGAUUCUGAGGAUAUUGUGCCAAUUGCUGAUGUUAGGUGGACAGCCUGCCAUCCCUAACUUCUGUGGGAAAGCUGCUUAUUUAUCAAGUGUACUCUUAAAAUCAAAAGACCACUAUUCCAAAUCUUUCUUCCUUUUUGAAACUUGAUUCUAGAUUUGAACACUAUUCUGGUGUCUGUUGUGCUCCAGUGGCAGAAUGGACUGUUGGACUGGAGAUAGGAGAGCAGAGAUCCUAUUGCACUGGAGAGCAAGACACUGGUUUACAGGUCCUAUAUUGAUGACAACUUUCUUCUUUGUCAUCUUCUAACCUUGGACUCUUAAGUCUUAAAUGCCUGGUCCUGUAGUUGUGCAGAUUCUGGUAUGUCUUGUGGUUCUUUUUUUUUUUUUUCCUGUCAGCAAAUUGCUUUUCAAAGCCUCCAGUUUGAAGGACAGUAUGGAAAAGUGUAUGACUUGAGCAUUGAGGCUUUGGUAUCAUCACACACACUUUAUUUCUUAAAGCUAUUAUACCAAGAAUGGUCUGGAUUGCAAAAUGUUAACGGAACAUGUUUACCUAAUGGUACAAUGCAUAAGUUUGUAUGGAAAAAGAGGCUUUAACUCUGAAAGGGAGGGUUGAACUGGGGGGCAGGAGAUGGGGAGGAACCCACAGCAGAAAUCUCAAGCCCAACAAUGCAGUUUGGGGCUAGGCAGGCAUGAACUUGACUCUGAUGAUACUCUGAAAAACUUUGCACUUUGGUCACAUAAGUGCCCACAUGUACAAAGUCUGUGCAUGAGCACAUGCAAACCCAAACUUACUUGGGGAGUCUGUUGUACAGACUCCAGCAAAGAUAUUUAUUCAAAAUUGCUUUAUGGCACAUGGCAGUGUGUGUAUGUGUGUAUAGUAUGUACACAAGUACGUACAUAUGUGCUUUACAAAAGCUUUGGAGUGAUUCAGGACUAAGAAAAUUCAUGUGAAUGAAAAAUUUUCACCAAUAAAGACCAUUUCUAAUGGUAUCCUGUUGUUUUACAAAAGCAUGGUUUAGGAUUUGUUUUUCCUCUUGUUUAUAUUAAUCUCUGAAUGUUUCAAUUUUAUUUUUAUUCAGUCAAAACCUUUAAAAUCUUUAUACAAAUGGGAGAACUGGGAUUUUUUUGUAACUUGAAACAAGGUAACCAUGUUCAUUAGCUGGAGGCUACUAUACUGGACAAACUCUUUGAUUUGAAACAAAUAGCUAAAAUAGACAUUUAUCAUUUGCUUUGUAGCAGUUAUCAAGGAUGUUGCUAGAGCUCAUGAAGGCACUGAAGACCUUAAUCUUCUGUACUUUCUCCCUAUGGACUUUAUUGAUAUUUGAUGAAUAAUACCCUGCUGUCUUGUAUUUCUUUUAAGUUCAGCAAGAUGUCCUUGGAACUAAGAUUGCUAAAGAUUUUUGAACUCUUUGUUACUAUUUUCUUCCAAGGAGCGGUUUUAUUUCUGACAGCAUUGCUUUGUACUUAUGAAAUAUUUUGAAAGAAGGCUGUGAAGUUCAUUUGGUCUUGGGAAAUCCAAUGCUUGACAGAUCUUAAGUUUCCCAAUGGCUGGCAAAACACAUUCCCUUUUCAGGUACCAGUACUACUUAGGUUUGAAGUUACUGUAAUUUUUGUCAGUAGUAUUUUUGUUUGUAUAGCUCAAGUAGCAAUAACUGCAGGAGUGGAAAUUUGCUUCCACAGAACCAAAGCUUUUCCUGAGUGCAGCUCAGUCUCAUCCUUGUGGAGUGAAUCCUGUAAAAGCACUUUGAAGCAGGUAGCAAAUAGUCCAAGCUUUUCCUGAGCCACUUUGAAGGAGCACAAGGACUGUCACAGGUUACAGUGGUUGACUUUGCAGUACUGGUCAAGGCUUUAAGUUUGCACUUUGGAAUUCACUUCAGACACUUCAAAACUGUUCUGCAUCAGCUUUCUCUCAAGAGAAGUGCAGGUUACAUCCAUUUGUGAUCAGCUCUGAGGAAAUACUGUAAAACAUCUCCCGAAAUGAAAUGCCAGUUACCAUGAACCUUGGUCCACAUCUGUUUGAGCCAGUAGCACUCAGAUAUCCUCGUUUCCUGAGGAAUAUCUACAGAUGCAUUAAGUUGGAAACAGUAAUUUGCAUUGCAGAUGAUAAGGUAGCUUGAAACUGUGAAUACAGGACAUUCUGAAUGUAAGUUAGGUACUAGAGACCAUGUACUUGUUUCUUAAUUUAUCUUGAUCUCUGUAAUAGCAACAUGAAGAUAUUUGAAGUAGGACAAAAAUGACUGAGCUCUAGAAACAUCCUGUAGUAGUUUUGACCGUGACUUGCCAAGAAGAUACUCUGUUGCCUUUGUUAAACUAAGGGCAUGAAUGCCGAAAUUAAUAAUUCUUGCUGUAGUUAAAGCUAUAUUGUAAAUAUAUAGGGGAUUAUUAAUCUGGACAUUCUUGCAGAAAUAGCAUCAAGUCAAUAGACUGUAGUGGCCUGGUUGCUUUUGUAAAGCAGAAUAGUGUGAUUUUUUUUUUUUUUUUUUUCCUUCUCAUUUCAGCAGUCAGAUCUGGCUAAUCCAGGCCUAAUUUCUUAGGUUGCCCAAGCACUGAAGAUUUCUGGAUGGUCACUAGUCUCCUUUCACAUAAUUUUAAAUACCUUCAUUGACACUUGUUGAUUUGCUUUUUAAAAAAUAUGAAAUUUACAUUAACCAGGUCUGACUGUACAUGUAUAUACAACAGUGUAAAUAACCAUCUGUAAAUUAGUGUGAAUUGUACUCUACUUUUCAUUUAUGGACUUGUGUAUUGCAUUGUAUUCUCUCCUAUUUUGUAGAAAUCUUGAUGUAAAGAAGAAACCUAACUCUGUGUGCAGACUCCUUUUGUUAAAUUGAUUUAUAAUGGAACAUAGUACAUGUUACAAUAUCCAUUUAUAGCCUUGGACACUCAGUGUCUUUUUUUCCCCCCAUUAGUUUUUUGAAAUCUUGCUCUUGGGAAUGAUUCUGGGAAUAAAGAGAUUUAUACAGUAUUUAGAUUAAAAUAAAAUCUGUUCUCAUGAUAGAGCAAACCGUGUGUCAGUGGGAUAGGGAAAGCUUUUGAGAUUGUGAAUUUAAACUUCCAAAAAUUUCCUGUACAUUCUUGAAUGCUGUUGACUUCUAAACUAAGGGUGUUGGAUUGAAGCACUCCUGAAGAGUGUGCUCCCAUGGGGACACUGAUUGAGCUAGCUUUGAUAGGAGUUCCUCAAAUGCUUUUGGUGAAAAUAGCCUUCUAAUAGGAUUAGUUGCUAAAUUGUAAGUGCUUAUACUGAAUGCCCAAAUCACUCAUAUGGUUCUGUCAAUUAAUUUACCUCUACAGUAGAACUAUUGGUACCCCUUUAGAGUAUUUAAGGCUUAUAGCUGAGAUAUUUUCCCUGUGUGUGAUUCCCUACCCCUCCUCUUUGUGCCCACAGCCCUACUUCUUUUAGCAUAAACAUGAAUCUAAAAUCUUCCUUUCCAUACUUGGUUUAUUGCUAUUUCUUUUUGGAUUAAAAUUAUAUUCUACUUUGUCAGUACAUGACUUCUCAUUGCAAUUUUUUUUUGUGUAAAAAGUCCCUUUCUGAAGAGGCCUUUAACCUUGGAAACACAGACAUAAUGAAGGUUCGUUUUUUCCCUGACUUGACUAUUUCAUCACUGUUGCCUUUCACUGUCUGUUAUGAACUCCAUAGUGUCCUUCAAGCUGUUAGUUUAUUCUUUUCACUGGUGUUUAAUACCUCAGCUGGAAAAUUCUGGUUUUCAAAUCUUGUUCUCCAUCUGACAAAUUGAUCUUGAUGCAGUUUGUAUAACCUCUCAGCCUUACCUGUGGUGACACUUGAGGUUACAAAGGUUCUGGGAAGUGAGUUUAUCCAAGAAGUACUAGUCAAGAGGAGGGAUAGGCUUGGUAAAUGCAAGUAAAAGGGAAAUCACUCACUUGGUAGCUCAAGUUUUUGCUGUAGCAAGGUGUUGAAUAUGCUUGUUUACUCUCAUGGUUUAGGGACAAGAGAGAGUUAUAAAGGGUAAAAUUUGUUUCAGACUGAAGUUCAGAUUUUUUUUUUAAAACCGUUGGUAGGUAAGGAAGCUUGCAAAUAUUCUUUUGUUAUUCAUACCUAAAAAAAUCUUAAAAUUGGGUAACAUUUUGACUAAAUAAAACUUUGUUCUAAACUGCAGUAACACUGUAAUCUCUUGUUUGGGGCAGUCCCUCCUGUAGUUAACAGAGCAGGGUGACCAUGUCUCACAUGUCUGAUUUAGGUGGUUGUGUGUUCCUUGUUUUCAUGGUUUCUGUUACUUGUUGUGUUCUAAGACUGCUACACUUGGCAGCUAUCUGCUGUCAUCAUUGCACCAAGGAGGUUGUAAUUAUGGUAGUGGAGCAGAAAGCAUUUUUUCAGCCGUUAAGGGUUGAAUGUGUUGGAUUUUACCAGACUUUGUGGCUUAGAGACCUUCAAUGGGAAGGAAAAUCUGUGAAAUGUUUGCACAGGCUGGUUGUAAGGGGGUGCUCCAUCCAAGUGACGUGCUGAGACACUGGAAAAGGCAUGGUUUGAUUUUUAAUUUUUUUUCCUUUUGAGUGACUUUUACAGUUGGUCUGAUCUGUAGAAAUUGUGUAAUUAGAAAACCAGUCAGCCUGGGGAAAGAGGGAAGAGACUGUGCAAAAAAUAAUAAAGAGGAAGAACCUUUGUAGCUGAUUAGUUUGCAAUACUUUGUGUUUUGGGCUUUUCUGAGUGUUUAAUAGUGUGGAUGGUGGUCUGCACUGAAUUCUUCCAUAAAGGGUUUUAUUACUGUUGGGAAAUGUCAGAAAACUGCCUGGGAUGGCCCUGAAGACCAGUGGGAUCUUUAGAUGGCCAGAUGUCACCAGAUGACCAAAUUUUUGGUUCAAGGUUUCACACUCUUUCCGAAGUUGCCAAGUUGCUAUCACAGUUCCCCUGUCAUGUGGAAUUUAAUUCACAGACUUCCCAAAUGUCUUUGAUUUGAUGUUUAUAGAGAGAUGACACAGUGGGAAAUUUCAUGGAAAUUAAUUGAAAAGGAAAGGAAAACAAGUUGCUUGAAAUCUAACAAACAAACUGUGAUGUUAAAUGCUGAAAUAACUUCAGGUCCUGCACCAGCCUAUUUUUGUGGCAUUAUAACUGUGUUUUUACUCUAUUAAGUGGUUUUGGGUCUUUUUUCCCAUGUAAAGACCCAUGCAAAAUCCAAGAUGAAAGAAACCCUUGGAAGAGAAACACGAAAAAUAUAAAAUACAGCAUGAACUGGAGAAAAAGUAUAUGUUUCUAAGUUUUCGGUAGUAGUAAUUCUUAAGUCUUUUCAGAAAAUAAGUGUCCAGUCUUCAGUGUGUGAAGGAGUUUGUUGGGGGUUUUUUUAAUUUUUUUUGUAGCAAGUUUCCAUUUAUCAUUUUGUAUCGCAGUGUGGUAGUUAAUGCUGCUGCUUUGUACACAAGUGCUUUGAAUAGUCUCAGCACAGAGAAUGUAUCCAAUCUUCCUAAGGUGUGACUCCAAGUUAAGAGCCAUUGGUUCUGAGCCUCUUCACUAAAACCUUUUGAACACUUGCAGACACAGGGCCACAGCAUAUUAGGUAUAUAUUCCAUUUUGUGUCAUUUUCUUUGUUACUGCAGAUUUUUCAGUAUUCUUUUAAACACGAGUCCAGUUGUGUUCUGUGAGUAAACUAAGCUCAGUUUAUAAAAGAGCCCUUGUCAUCUACUAGCACUGUCAUCCCCCAAGGGAGUCCCCAUGCCUCUUGUAUGUUGUGGUGUUUAGGUGCAUCAUUUAUUCAUUGGAGUGAAUUGUUUUUCUUUUGAGCUAAAUGUGAUUGAAACUAUUCUAAGGCCUUCUACCACUGAUUAAAUGAAGUAAUGUACCUUUCAAAGGGAUUUAUAUUGUGUAAAUAAUUUCAAACUGCAACAAUAAAGUUGGUUUCUAAUGGU